GAGCGUGAAAGUGUUGUGCACAUUACGAAAAGAAAAGAAAAACGCAUAAAAUGAUCAACGACAACAGUGUCAUGGCCUUCUUGGCAUUCGUGAUACUGGCCAUUUUGGAACCGAGACUCAUCAGCCAAUCACACGCUUCAGUUAGUUCGAUCCAGAACAACGUGACGGCCAUUCUCGACUCGCUGCAGCGCGGCUACGACAAACGCGUCAGACCUAAUUACGGCGGACCACCAGUUGAAGUCGGCGUCACCAUGUUCAUCAUCAGUAUCAGCUCCGUCUCCGAAGUUCAAAUGGAUUUCACGACGGAUUUCUACUUCCGGCAGUACUGGAAGGACCCCCGUUUGUCAUUCGCUCCGUUGCCGGGCGUCGAGCGGAUCAUGGUCAGUACCGAGUACCUCAAGAACAUCUGGGUGCCCGAUACGUUCUUCGCCAACGAAAAAUCCAGCUACCUUCACAUGGCAACGACGUCGAACGAGUUUCUGCGCAUUUCUCAUCUCGGCGAAAUCAAUCGGAGCAUCAGGCUGACAAUCACGGCUUCGUGUCCGAUGAAUCUACAAUACUUCCCGAUGGAUCGUCAACUAUGUUCCAUUGAAAUCGAAAGCUUUGGAUUCGCCAUGAGUGAGAUCACUUACCAUUGGCUGGGUGGCAAGAAAGCGGUGGCCGUCUCUCCGGAUGUCCAACUGCCGCAAUUUCACGUGCUCGGCUAUCGGCAAGGCUAUCGAGUCGAAGUAUUAACGACAGGCAAUUAUUCGAGAAUGUCGCUGGAGAUCCAGUUUGUCCGCUCGAUGGGCUACUACUUGAUCCAAAUCUACAUACCGUCCGGCUUGAUUGUCAUCAUCUCGUGGGUCUCCUUCUGGCUCAACAGGGCCGCAACGCCAGCCCGCGUCUCCCUCGGCGUCACCACCGUGCUGACCAUGACGACGCUCAUGUCCUCCACCAACGCUGCCUUGCCCAAGAUUUCCUACGUCAAAUCGAUUGACAUUUUCCUCGGCACGUGCUUCGUCAUGGUCUUCGCUUCUCUACUAGAGUACGCGACGGUGGGCUACGUCGAGAAGAGGAUUCGCCUACGCAAGACGCAGUACCAGAUGAUGCAGAAGUUGGUCGAGAGCCGGAAGAAGACGGUGACGGUUGCCUUAGAUGCGGAGAUGGAGCACGCUCCCAGACAGACGGAGGUGAGAUUCCUCAUGGGUCCGCACGGCAAGGCGAUGCCGAUUCACGAAACAUCGGGACAUGCGAUGCCGUCGGCUGUCGGCUGCCAAGCGGUCGUCAAUAACAGCAUGAUCAUCAACGGUCCGCGGAUCGACGAGGAAGCGACGGCCGUCAUGAUCCCGCCCGGCAAGGAUCUCAAUAAACUCUACGGCUUCACGCCGUCCGACAUCGACAAGUAUUCGCGCGUCGUGUUCCCCGUUUGCUUCAUCUGCUUCAAUCUCAUGUACUGGAUCAUCUACCUGCAUAUCUCUGACGUCGUCGCCGACGACCUCGAAUACAUCGACAGGUCGUAAUGAUAAUAUCUUCAUUUUUUUUUAAAUUGCCCCCAAGGCCUAACACACGCUUAUAAAUUCAAA